CUUUACUAUUAUUUGUUUUCGUGAUCGAGCGAGUGCACGGUUUUCAGUUUCGUUAAUUAAUUGCUAAAAUGAAAUCAUUUGUUAUCGCCCUUUCAGCUAUAUUAACAGUAUCUACAGCUUUGCAAGACACAGAUAUCGUGUCCGCAAGAAUCGAGAGUUGCCGAGGGUGUUCGCUGAAUCGUCUGCCGGAAGUGAAGAAAUUCAUUCUGGACGACGCUCCGAAAUAUGAGAGAUUACAAGUGAACUUCAUAACAGGGGCGCCGCCGGAGCUUGUCCUGCUUGGCGAAGGCGACGCCGAACUCGAGCGUCUCGCGCUUUCAAGCCUGACACGAGAGCAGUGUAAUGAACUACUGAUAAGCAGAGGUUUCAAGCAAGCCACCAAUAAAUCGGAUCUUUAAACGGAUACAAAAUCAGCAAACUUUUAUCAUUAACCACAACUUAAAAAAAUAAAAUGACUCCCUAAGGAUAGAGGUCUUUUGGGGGCAGUACUUUAAAAUUGUGUUUCUUUACGUUAAGUUUGUUUUUCUAGUAAGAGAUUGCUCUGUAAAACUACUAUUUUUCACAUAAUCAAGUUCCUCUUUCAAUAUCACAUAUCUUUGGGGCGUCAUUCUUGUAGUCAGUGUUUCUCUUUAGUAUACUCAGUGUUAGAAAUUUUUUGGUAAAGCUGUUAAAGCACAAACCACUGGCGGAACUUCAUCAAAAUGCUGUUUAUAAAGGUCAUCAUCAACUUGUGUGAACAAACUGCCAAUAGACAUUCAGCAACAGAAUUAUCAUUCUUUGUUAAUCCACAACUGCUAUGCUGUAGAAAAGUUGCACAAGUUUACAUUCCAAAAUGCUUCUUGUUUGAUAACACUUAUAUGGAGAAUGGCCAUGUUGUGUUGUUGUGCAGGAAGUACCCUACUUGUGCAAGUUAACAAUGUGUCAUUUCAGACAUGCCAAUAAACAUGAAGGUAAUUAAAUUAACUAUUAGAUUCUCAAUUUUAUAUGGGUAUUUCUGGUAUGUAAAAGUAGUUAUAAAUCAUAACUUCAUAGCGUUCCAUACGUUUGUCUUUAUUAUUAUUAGCGUGAUUUGUCGAGGCCCUGCAGAACUCUAAUUUUGUGAUCACUAACAAUCACUACUCUGAGGCAAGACCAAUAGAAAUAAAGAAUUUGCUUAGCUUCAAUGUUGGCCUCUGCCUGGGCAUACAAAUGCUCAUAGGGAAUGUCAUUAACUAGUACUUCUCUUGCUAAAAUGAACAAUAGGUAUACUGUUGUCUGUGUAUUGAUAUAAGUAUCAGUAUGUCCAUAUACAGUAAUAUAUAAACAUGUACAUUAUAAUUUUAUUACACUUUUAUCUCAUAGAUGUCCUGUGUACUGUUUUA